UUUGCGUUCGCUUCGCUGCUUUCGAACCUACCGCCUCUCCCCGCGUGCCAAGAUGGCGGCAGAAGCAGCUGGUGGGAAAUACAGAAGCACAGUCAGCAAAAGCAAAGACCCCUCGGGGCUGCUCAUCUCUGUGAUCAGGACUCUGUCUACCAGUGAUGAUGUCGAAGACCGAGAAAAUGAGAAGGGUCGCCUUGAAGAGGCCUAUGAGAAAUGUGACCGUGACCUGGACGAUUUGAUUGUGCAGCACUACACAGAAUUGACGACGGCCAUUCGCACGUACCAGAGCAUCACGGAGCGAAUCACUAACUCCCGAAAUAAGAUAAAGCAGGUAAAAGAGAACCUGCUUUCAUGCAAGAUGCUAUUGCAUUGCAAACGGGAUGAGCUUCGGAAACUGUGGAUCGAAGGAAUUGAACAUAAGCAUGUCCUGAAUUUGUUGGAUGAAAUUGAGAAUAUCAAGCAAGUACCUCAAAAGCUGGAGCAGUGCAUGGCCAGCAAGCACUAUCUCAGUGCCACCGACAUGCUGGUGUCAGCAGUUGAGUCUUUGGAGGGACCCCUGCUCCAGGUGGAAGGACUGAGUGACCUUAGGCUGGAGCUUCACAGCAAGAAGAUGAACCUUCACUUGGUUCUCAUAGAUGAAUUGCACCGGCACCUGUACAUCAAAUCCACCAGCCGAGUUGUGCAGCGUAACAAGGAAAAAGGGAAAAUGAGUGCCCUUGUGAAAGAUGCGUCUCCUGUUCCUCUGAUUGAUGUCACAAACCUGCCCACUCCCCGGAAAUUCCUUGAUACCUCUCAAUAUUCUCUUGCUGGAAGCUCAAGUACGAGGGAGAUAAAUCUGCAGGAUGUCAAGGAGGAUUUAGAACUGGAUCCAGAGGAGAACAGCACCCUUUUUAUGGGUAUCCUUAUCAAGGGGCUGGCCAAACUGAAGAAGAUCCCGGAGACAGUGAAGGCAAUCAAAGAGCGCUUGGAGCAGGAGCUGAAGCAAAUUGUGAAGCGGUCUACAACCCAGGUGGCAGACAGUGGCUAUCAGAGGGGUGAGAACCUCACCGUGGAGAACCAGCCAAGAUUGCUUCUAGAACUCCUGGAGUUAUUGUUUGACAAGUUUAACGCUGUAGCCACUGCACACUCUGUGGUCCUGGGAUACCUGCAGGACACGGUUGUGACUCCACUCACUCAGCAGGAAGAUAUCAAAUUAUAUGAUAUGGCAGAUGUGUGGAUGAAGAUCCAAGAUGUUCUGCAGAUGCUGUUGACUGAGUACUUGGAUAUGAAAAAUACUCGUACGUCCUCUGAACCAUCAGCUCAACUAAGCUAUGCCAGUACUGGACGAGAGUUUGCAGCCUUUUUUGCCAAGAAGAAACCUCAAAGGCCAAAAAACUCUCUUUUCAAGUUUGAGUCAUCCUCUCACGCCAUCAGCAUGAGCGCCUAUCUGCGGGAACAGAGAAGGGAGCUGUAUAGUCGAAGUGGAGAACUGCAAGGGGGUCCUGAUGACAACUUAAUUGAAGGUGGAGGAACAAAAUUUGUCUGCAAACCUGGAGCCAGGAACAUCACUGUCAUAUUCCAUCCAUUACUAAGAUUUAUUCAGGAGAUUGAGCAUGCCCUAGGACUUGGCCCAGCCAAACAGUGUCCUCUUCGAGAGUUUCUGACCAUGUACAUCAAAAACAUCUUCCUCAGUCAGGUCUUGGCUGAGAUUAACAAGGAGAUUGAAGGAGUCACUAAAGCAUCUGACCCCUUGAAGAUUCUGGCUAACGCAGACACCAUGAAGGUGCUGGGGGUGCAGCGGCCUCUCUUACAGAGUACGGUCAUCGUGGAGAAGACAGCGCAAGACCUCCUGAACCUGAUGCGAGACCUGAGCGCGUACUCGGACCAGUUCCUCAGCAUGGUGUGCGUGAAGCUGGAGGAGUACAAGGACACCUGCGCCGCGGCCUACAGGGGUAUCGUCCAGUCAGAAGAAAAACUUGUCAUCAGUGCUUCUUGGGCCAAAGAUGAUGACAUCAGCAGACUCUUGAAAUCACUGCCAAACUGGAUUAACAUGGCUCAACCCAAACAGCUGAGGCCAAAGAGAGAGGAAGAGGAAGAUUUCAUAAGGGCAGCCUUUGGCAAGGAGUCUGAAGUUCUUAUUGGGAACCUGGGUGAUAAGUUAAUCCCUUCACAAGACAUCCUCUGUGACGUCAGUUACCUCAAAGCUUUGGCCAACAUGCAUGAAAGCCUGGAAUGGUUGGCAGCUCGAACAAAGUCUGCUUUCUCCAAUCUUUCCACAUCGCAGAUGCUUUCUCCUGCUCAAGAUGGCCACGUGAACAUGGAUCUUCCCCCAGUGUCAGAGCAGAUCAUGCAGACCCUGGGAGAACUUGCCAAAUCGUUCCAGGACAUGGCUGACCGCUGCUUGCUGGUCUUACAUCUGGAAGUGAGGGUUCACUGUUUCCACUAUCUCAUCCCUCUUGCCAAGGAGGGAAACUAUGCCAUUGUUGCUAAUGUGGAAAGUAUGGAUUAUGACCCUCUCGUGGUUAAGCUUAACAAAGAUAUCAGCGCCAUUGAAGAAGCCAUGAGCGCCAGCCUUCAGCAGCACAAGUUCCAAUAUAUUUUCGAAGGCCUGGGCCACUUGAUCUCCUGCAUCCUCAUCAACGGUGCCCAGUACUUCAGGCGCAUCAGUGAGUCCGGCAUCAAGAAAAUGUGUAGGAACAUUUUUGUUCUUCAGCAGAAUUUGACCAACAUCACCAUGUCGCGGGAGGCGGACUUGGACUUUGCAAGGCAGUAUUACGAGAUGUUGUACAACACAGCUGACGAGCUCUUGAACCUGGUGGUGGACCAGGGCGUGAAGUACACGGAGCUGGAGUACAUCCACGCACUGACCCUGCUGCACCGCAGCCAGACCGGGGUGGGAGACCAGACCACCCAGAACAUGCGGCUGCAGCGGCUCAAGGAGAUCAUCUGUGAGCAGGCUGCCAUCAAGCAAGCCACCAAGGACAAGAAAAUAACCACCGUUUAACUGGGCGUGCUGCAGUGGGGGGCAAGGGUCAUUUUCCUUUCCUAAGCCAUGCAUUUUCCUUUGGUAUGUUAUUUGCCAUAGUCUGAGCUGACUUCGUUUCCUCAUCACUAAUGCUUUAGUGGAGAGAAGGUACCUGGGUCAUUACAAAAGUUUUGAGAUACACAAAAAUCAA